CGAUCCAGAUCGCGAUCAUCAGACAGACCUGCAGAGAAAAAGCUGCGACGACGGCGCUGUUCGAAUACAACGAGGAGUCGAAAAGAGUGGGGGGAGUCACUGACUAGCUCCGAUUGGCGUCGGGACAUUGCAGGCUACCUCAGAUUGGCGGGAAAUUGCAGGGUACCUUCGAUUGGCGGGAAAUUGGAGGCUUACCUCCAAUUGGCGGGAAAAAUUGCUGGGUGGAACUGAAAAGCCAUAAUCAUCCCGCGCGUUCUGUUUGCGGACGCGGAGCGGUGGCGCUAUUGGCGGGAAAUUGCAGGCUAUCCCGCGCUUUCUGUUCGUGGAUGCCGAUCGCCCACGUGGCGCCACGUGGCGCGACGACGACCGACGCGCUAUUGAUUGACGGGACAUUGCCGGCUAUCCCGCGCUUUCUGUUUGUGGAUGCCGAUCUCCCACUUGGCGCCACGUGGCGCGACGACCACCGACGACCGACGACCGACAUCGUCGUUGUAACGGCGAUUUGCCACGUGGCAGGUCAUCAUGACGAUGAUGAUGAUGAUGAUGAUGAAGACUCGGUGUGCGAGCAGGAGGGUUUUGAUCGGGCAGGGUUCUAAUCAGUUUGCCAGAAGUAAUUGGUUGUGGAGGUGGUCCUCCACGUCCUCCUGCAGUGAGCUGCCUCCUCCUUUUUGUACGGAUGGAUGCCCUCACUCCUCAUUGGCGAUGGUGGCUGUUGAUGACUCUGGAGCAAUCUCCUCGUCGUCGCCCUCCUUAUCGUUGCCGCUGGUGCAGCCGCGUGGCACUGGCAGAUCGAUUGCCACGUGGCUCUCAUGGAGCCCGGGGAAACGUUUCGCCGGCUAUGGCCGUCAAUCAGAGGCAGAGUGGAAAUCAUCAACGUCUGCCACGUGGCAGUCGCGGGCGAUCGUCGAUUACCACUCGAGAAGAAGAUCCACGCCGUCGGGAUUAACGGCCACGUGGCAGCAGGCAAAGCGCGCCAAUGUCGUCGAUGGCACACGUGGGAUGACCAAAUUCGCCUCUGGGUUUUCUUAUCCGGCGCCGAAACGUCUGGAGUCGAUCAUGAAUCUGGACACCUUUGCCCAUGCCACUCCUGAACAAAUCACAAGAAUAUGGAAUGACCAUCAUAUUGGCAGGGGCCAUAUCAGCGGGUCGGCCCUUUCUGUCUUGUUGGGGCCGCUGUUCCGGCUUAUGUUCCCACUGGGGUUCGGGCUUGUGUGCACGUCCCGCAUGCUGAUGCGGUCUGGAACAGUGAAGCCUGGCCCUACUCCUGCAGAGCAGGCAGAGAUAGAUCGUAAGUUGGCAGAGAAGAAAAAGAAGAGAGAAGCCAAGAAAAAACAGAAAGAAGAAGAAGUCAAGAGGAAGAUGAAAGAGAAGAUGGAAAGAGAGUUGGAAGAAGAGUUGAAGAGUAUAGAAGAAGAAGAAGAAGAAGAAGAAGAAGAAGAAGAACAGGAAGAAGGAGAAGUUUUGGAAAGACGUCGUCGCCAAGACAUUCCGGAAAGCAGCACAACGACCCGCCUUCCCGUUGAACAGCUGGACUGGGGCAGCCGGUACUACUACUCCAGCGAACCAUUAAAGGAAACUGAUGAAGAACGAGAUACGUUCAUCGCCAAGUUGGCCACUGUUAUAGAUGCUGUUGAACGAAAUCUGAUGCUGGAAGAGAAAAGGUCUGAACUAAAUCGCAGGCUGUUGGCCGCUAGGCGGCAAGAAGUAGAAGAGAAAAAGAAGUUGCAUGCGGAGGGGGAGAAAUUGCAGAAAGCUUUAGAAGCGCAAAAGGAAACACAGAUGCCUCAUUUGCUCUUCACAGGGCUAGAGGACUUCAAACAAAGGGGCGGAGAUGCAUCGCCUUAUCUGACGGCAACUCACUACACUGAGCUGGUGCCCACCAAAGGAGUUGUGCUCAUCCGCGGCGACGUUGUGCUUGCUGGCAAACUUAGUGAUAAGGAGGGACGCGAUCUCCUCCAGGCAGCCCAUUCGUACUACUUGGAUGAUGAUCGCUAUCAAAAGGUGUACUUGUUCAACAAGAAGAGCAGAGAAUUUGACUUCAAAGAUGUGCUCAAAGAUUUGAACAUGCCACUUCCUCCAUGACGUCAUCGUCAUCGUCAUCGUCGUCGUCGUAAUUUGACUUCAAAGAAACAAAGGAUCUUGGUCUCCACACGC